AUGGUUUGCUCCAUCCUGUCCAAUCGACCGUUCAGUACCCCGACACUCCUGAUCCAAGAGGUGCCCUCCAUCCAACCAUUUUCCCCGCUUAUCCGAGCUCCCCUCCCUUUUGCAGCAUUGAUCAUGAGGAUGUGUUCUGUGGCCCAGUUGACAAUGGAUGCGGCGUGCACGCGUUUAGUGGGAGGGAUUAUCCACCAAGUAGGGCAAGUGGCUGAGGCUAAGGACUGCAAUUCCAUCCAGCCUCAGUCAUCCGCUCAGUGCACACACGGAGGACAAGCCAGGGGCUGCACAUUCGCCCCAUACGAUCAAAAGAAAACCUUAAUAGAAAUGGUCAAGUACGCGGGACAACAACGACAGGACGACGAGCGGAACAACUGCGAGCUUGUGUCGGAGGAGCGCGGUGCGUUCACUGACCUGCGGGAUUCGGGAGAUGUGUCCGACUGCUCGCUGGGCGACGCGUCGGACACCAGGUGCUCCGCCAUGGACACGUUUAUGAAGAACGUGCAAGUGUUGCUGGACGCCGCACAUUACAUCGAUAAUGUGGAUAAGAACAGUGGAAAAUGUGAGCAUGGUUAUGCUUCGACCUACCCUGCCAAUGAAUUGGUACACCCACAAAAACAUCGUAAAUUCAACAAGAACAAGAAACUGGACAAUAUUCACAAUAGGUCGGCCCACAAUGAACUGGAAAAGAAUAGACGAGCUCAUCUCCGCCUGUGUUUGGAAAGAUUGAAGUCGCUCAUCCCUUUGGGACCUGACUGCAGUCGGCACACCACACUUGGACUCCUCAACAAGGCCAAAGUGCACAUCAAGAAACUGGAAGAGGUUGACCGAAGGAGUCAGCACCAGCUGGACACGCUGGAACGGGAGCAGAGGUACUUGCAGAGGCAGCUGGCCCAGCUGCAGACGCUUGGAGAAAGGGACCGCAUCCGCACGGACAGCCUGGGCUCACCCACUGACUCCGACCGCUCUGAAUCGGACCGAGAGGAAAUCGAAGUGGAUGUGGAGUGCACUGAUUUCUCUCUUGGAGAAAUGGACAGCGUGAGUAGUGGGGGAGCGAGUGACCUGGACGACCAGAGCAGCAGGCAGAGCUCGGUUAGCGACGAGGGCUACUCCACCUGCAGUGUCAAAGCGGCCUUCUCGGCUUGA